AUGCUCAUAUAUCUGUUAUUUGUAGCAACAGCUGUAGCAUACGAUGUGAGCAUAUUUAAGCUACCUAAUUGCAUCAAUGAGUGCCAAUUUAAACCCAGAACAUAUGUAGCUGCCCCUGCUGUGCAACGUGUCAUUGCUAAAUCAAUGUCUAACUACGACAAAAUUAGAUUAGAUGCUUGUUAUGCAAAGGAAUUUGGCUGGAAAUAUCGCAAAAGGUCCAGGGGUGGUAAAUUACAGCCACUGGACCUGAGGAGGACAAUUAAGGCUAGUGUUAGGAACGCUGCUAUGUCCCCUAUCAAAAUGUCACGACUUUUACGACAGGUUAAAAAAAUGCCUGUAUUAGUGGCUCUAGGGGCUCUGUCCAAACAAAACCGAAACAAAUAUGCAUUAACUCUGUUUAAACUCAUAAAGUCAUGUCUAUCGAACGCAGUAAAUAAGUUACUCAAAGAUAUCAAUGUCAAUAGUAAAUAUGAUGAAGAAGUUGAUUUUUAUGAAAAUAUUAGUAAAUUGAUUAAAGAGGGGAAUUUUGCGCCUAAAUUCAGAAUACUUUCAGCCACAAAUGGUGGGUAUAGGAAAAAACCUACGUUUGCUGCCAAAGGAAGGGUUAAUAUUAUCCAAAGCCCUCUUUGCCACGUGUUCAUUGAAAUGGAAUAUUAA